GCCCGGACUUGUAGAUUGUACCGUCGGUCGGGUCUUUGUUAGUUAGCAAGUAGGACUGGAGCCGGAUCAAUGCACUAACCAAGAAGAAAAUGAUCAUCUGUGCAAAAAAUAUGGACUUCCCCCUAGGAAACCAGUGCCAGCGACUCCAGACUCAGGUGGUAAAGGUGAGUUCGGAGAAGGAGCGCCCGCAGCUGCUGUUCGUGAAGGCUCUGGCCAGCAGGGGGCGCCUGGACUCGGUCACCCAGCAGAUGGGCUACCACCCGCAGUACCUGGAUAGCUUCCUGCGCACCCAGCACUACAUCCUGCACAUGGACGGGCCGCUGCCCUUCCACUACCGCCAUUACAUCGCCAUCAUGGCUGCAGCCCGUCAUCACUGCCGGUAUCUAGUCUCUCUGCACUCCGCCCAGUUCCUGCGAGUGGGAGGCGACCCCGCGUGGCUCCAGGGCCUGGACUCCGCCCCCCAGCGCCUGCGCAACCUUCACGAGAUCAACAAGGUGCUGGCUCACCGGCCUUGGCUCGUCGCCCGGGAGCACAUCGAGUCCCUCUUGAAGAUUGGGGAGCAGUGCUGGUCAAUGGCAGAGCUGGUCCAGGCAGUGGUGUUACUGGCUCACUGCCACGCUCUGGCCAGCUUCGUGUUUGGGGUGGGGAUAGAGCAGGACCCCCCUGUCCCAGGGACCCCCGGGAACCCCAACCUCGGCAGCUACUGCUUCUGCGACACGGCCAACGGCAACGCUGCCUGCACCCCUGAGAACCUGCGCUCCCACCGCCGCAGGUCCCUGGACUCGAGCUGCGAGGCGGGAGCCCUGCGAGACAGGAUGCAGAGGCUGCAGGGAGAGAAGGAGCGACGAGGGGAGCAUAAGAUCACAGCGCAGGGGGACCAGGAGGAAGAUCUGGAGGAGAAGCCGCCCCGUCCCACUGACCUGUCCUGCUUCCUGUCGGACCCCGAGUUCAGAUACCAGGAGUUCACACGCCGCAAUGAGGACCACUUCCAGGUGUUCAGGGUCCAGGAUUACUCCUGGGAGGAUCACGGCUUCUCUCUGGUGAACCGGCUCUACUCGGACAUCGGCCAUCUGCUGGACGAGCGCUUCCGGACAGUGACCAGCCUGCAGAACGGCCUCCUGGGAGAGGGGCAGGGCUCCGACCUGAAGAGAGCCGUCUGGAACUACAUCCACUGCAUGUUUGGCAUCAGCUAUGAUGACUAUGACUACGGAGAGGUGAACCACUUGCUGGAGAGGAGUCUGAAGCUGUACAUCAAGACCGUGACCUGCCACCCAGAGAAAACCAAAUCCCAGCUUCUCCACUGCUGCUGGAAACAGCUGAAGCAGGCUGAGAAGGUCCAUGUGAACCUGCUCAUCAUGGAGGCCAGGAUGCAAGCGGAACUUCUGUAUGCACUUCGGGCAAUAACCCAACACAUGACUGCAUAGACUGGAGAGAGGGAGGGAGGGAGGGAGUGUGCAGGAGAGUACGAUGAGAGAGAGAGCGAGUGUGCAGGAGAGUACGAUGAGAGAGAGAGCGAGUGUGCAGGAGAGUACGAUGAGAGAGAGAGCGAGUGUGCAGGAGAGUACGAUGAGAGAGAGAGAGCGAGUGUGCAGGAGAGUACGAUGAGAGAGACUGAGUGUGCAGGAGAGUACGAUGAGAGAGAGAGAGCGAGUGUGCAGGAGAGUACGAUGAGAGAGAGAGAGAGCGAGUGUGCAGGAGAGUACGAUGAGAGAGAGAGCGAGUGUGCAGGAGAGUACGAUGAGAGAGAGUGAGCGAGUGUGCAGGAGAGUACGUUGAGAGAGAGAGCGAGUGUGCAGGAGAGUACGAUGAGAGAGAGUGAGUGUGCAGGAGAGUACAAUGAGAGAGAGAGAGAGCGAGUGUGCAGGAGAGUACGAUGAGAGAGAGAGCGAGUGUGCAGGAGAGUACGAUGAGAGAGAGAGCGAGUGUGCAGGAGAGUACGAUGAGAGAGAGAGAGCGAGUGUGCAGGAGAGUACGAUGAGAGAGACUGAGUGUGCAGGAGAGUACGAUGAGAGAGAGAGAGCGAGUGUGCAGGAGAGUACGAUGAGAGAGAGAGAGAGCGAGUGUGCAGGAGAGUACGAUGAGAGAGAGAGCGAGUGUGCAGGAGAGUACGAUGAGAGAGAGUGAGCGAGUGUGCAGGAGAGUACGUUGAGAGAGAGAGCGAGUGUGCAGGAGAGUACGAUGAGAGAGAGUGAGUGUGCAGGAGAGUACGUUGAGAGAGAGCGAGUGUGCAGGAGAGUACAAUGAGAGAGAGAGAGAGCGAGUGUGCAGGAGAGUACGAUGAGAGAGAGAGCGAGUGUGCAGGAGAGUACGAUGAGAGAGAGAGCGAGUGUGCAGGAGAGUACGAUGAGAGAGAGAGCGAGUGUGCAGGAGAGUACGUUGAGAGAGAGAGAGAGCGAGUGUGCAGGAGAGUACGAUGAGAGAGAGAGAGAGAGAGCGAGUGUGCAGGACUGGUCUGUCUCACACAUCACAACUGGACACAGAUCAUACUUGAAUCGUGGAAGGGGCCUUUUUUUUUUUUUUGAAUUCUCUUUGCUUGAUACUUUUUUAUUUCUCGACACUUCUUAAUUUGUUUUUGUUUUUAGCCGUGGAUGCAGUGCUGCGGCAGUUAAUGUGCAAUUGUUGUUAUUGUUAUUGUUAUUAAUAAUAUUAUUAUAAUCUAGACUGUGAGGCAAAACGAGCAUUGGGACUGAAGCGUGUGGGUCAAACCGGGCUGCACGAACUGGUGUUUAGUUUUCUUUUUUAGUUUUUUUAAUUUGAGUUUGACUUUCAUAUUUUGUUCUUGUUUUCUAAAGGGCAGCUGAAGCUCUGUGUUUUGUCAUUUUUUAAUUCAGAAAAUUAAUUUUUCAACGCACUGGGGCUUCGCUCAGCAUUUAGAGCCGGCUGAUCAUUCAGGUCUUUAAUCAGAAUAUAUUGUUGGCUGCGAUUGUAACGGCGAUAGGAGCAGAAAACGAAAAUGCACGCCCCAAAACCGAGCAACAGAAACAAACCAACAAACAUUUCAGGGUGUUUUAAAAAACGCUGAAGGGUGUUAAAAAAAAUAAAAAAUAACAUGAAGGGGACAGGAGGACUUUAUUUAUAUAUGUAAAGAAACAGAAGAAAAACACUACGUUAAAAAAACAGCACUUUUGAAAAAACAAAACAGUGAUUUUUGUCUUCGUAAAAAAAAAAAAAAGAACGAAAGAAAGAAAUUGUACAAUCGCAACCCCAAUCUGAAUACGUGCCAGCUAGGACAGGGGUGCUCAGUCAGUCCUACACAAUUCAGUUGUUCCAGCUGUUCUGUCUCUGGUCGCUCGGCUGCAGUUUUCAUUUAGACUGGGAUGUGUUCCGAUAAAUGGCUUCCCACUGCGGCACAACCCUGAGCAUCUUGGUUCCUCCCUGGCUCGGCUGUGUUGUGUGGCGUUCGUGGUGCACCAGGGAGUUGAAGCCGUAUGUGCUUCAGAAGUCCUGCUUCAGUUGAGCUUGACGUUUCUGUUGGGCUGUGAUUGCAAUGGGAGUGAACAGGUACUAUAGAUAACUGUGAUAACGAGACAUGUGAAACUUCAGUGCUGUGCAGGCUUGCAUGCACUGUACCUGCAGCUAGAGACACAAGGGCAGAGACUGUUAACCUUUCACUUCCCAGUCGAACACACUCAUCAAGGUCUUUACUCCAAAGGGCUUUAUGUUCCAAAACCCAAGCAUGCCUGCUUCGAUUGUACUUUCACAGCAAAGGUACAGACUGUGCUUGUUGUGGUAGAUCGGUGUUCCUAGGUGAAGCGUCCUCUGUGGCGUGUGAAGUUUCAGUCCUGCGUUUCUGGGAUCUUGCAGUGCUUGAGUUCUCUGGGCUUGCUGAUUGGUCUGAAAGAUGUCAUUGUAGAGGUGCACAGAGAGGCUUUCAUGAGGACUGGGAGGUAAAAGGUUCAAACAUCAGAACACAGCUUUGGACAGAAGAGCUGGACGUAUAAAAAUCAAACAUUAAAUGAAACGUUUAGGAAGAGGGGGAGGGGGAGAUCAAGGUACGAUGCACAUGUCAUGAAAUCUUUACCCCCCCCCCUCAACGAAAUUAAAUGUUUUCUAUAAUUCUGUUUUUGUUUUUUUUUUGUGCUGCUAAAUUCCAUCUACUGUGUUGUACCCUGAAUAUUUCAGAAGCAGUAGCUUUGGAAGGCCUUUAUGGUCAUGUUGUUUAAAAAAACAAAAAAAAAAGAUGUAUGUUAUGUUAUGUAUGUAAGUAUUGUAUGUAUCUUCGGUCUGAAUGAUCCAAGACAUUUGAGGAUCAGUAGAAGCCGGUCAGGCCCCAGUGCUAGUGCCUCUCUAGUGGGACGGCCCGGGUUCUGUGUGCUGUACACUCGCUGUGCUCACCGCUCGCUCCCUGAGUCCUGGAGAGGGCAGGAUGGCACCCCAGCAGUAUUAUCUCAUUAAGAACAGCACACAGUGCUGCUGAAACUCAAAGCAGUGGACUCUCACUUCGGACUCAACUGAAUUUGACCGAUUUAUCGUGGCACCACAACACAGCGUUGGUGCCGAACAAUUCAACAGCACUCCCUCGAUUCACUGGAUUGGAGGCCUCUGGUUGGCUGGCUGAUCUUCACUCUUUGGCCAAUCGGGAGGUCUGUCCCGGUGACAUCACAAUGCAGACCCACUCCAGCACCUUCCCAGAAAACAGAACAAAGCUCCAUGGACCCAGGACUCAGAGGGGAUAGACACGCCCCUUUAUCAACAGUGCACAAGUCCUGUCCCCCUCCCAAAAAGACAAGCUUCAGCGGCCUGUCCCACUUCAACACAAAGCAGCCCCCCGGAACACUUUGACUUUGCCCCCACCUCGUUUGUGAAGGCGCCGGGACUGAGAGUCAGAGAAGCAGUGCAUGACUACAGCCUCUGAGUUCAAUAUUUACCACGUAAAUGUAUGGACAAAAACUGAAUCCGAGCAAACAAACAAACAAACGAAAAAAAACAAAAAAAGUUGUUUUUGGAAAAGAAAGAGACUUAUUUUUUCUAUAAAGAUAAAUAUGUUUGACAUGUUC